AUGUUUUGGGUAAUAUUUAUUUUAUCAUCAUUUUGUGUUUGUAAUUCUAUUCUUAUCGCUAAAGUACAAAGUCAUAUAAUAGUUGGUAAUAUGUAUAAUAAUUUAUUCAAUAUAACAGAAAAUCAAUGUAUAUGUGAAAUGACAAAAUUAAAUGAUUUAGUAUCUGCUUUAAAUUAUUUUUCAACAAAUCAAACUUGUCAAUUAUAUCGUUCAAAUAGUAGUACAAUUUAUAUUGAAUUUAAUUCAAAUUCAACAUUUGUAUUUCUUAAUCAAUCAUCAAUAUCAGUACUGGAUAUUCAAGAAUAUCAGCCGAUUACAUCAUCAUCAACAACAGCAUCGUCGACAACAACAACAACAAUAACAACAACAACAUCAUCAUCAUCAUCAGCAUCAACAACAACAUCAACAACAACAUCAUCAACAACAUCAACAACAUCGUCAACAACUUCAACAACAACAACAUCAUCAUCAACAUCAAAAACAACUUCGACAUCAACUACAACAACAUCAUCAUCAAUAACAACAUCAACUGCAACAGGCUGCAACUCUUUUCAUGAUCAAACUACUUACUCAGUCGGCACUUCACCAGAGCAAGUAGCAGUCGUCGAUGUGAAUAGUGAUAACAAACCCGAUAUUGUUGUUGCAAACUCGGGCUCGAAUACCGUUGGUGUCCUUCUCAACACAGGCAAUGGCACGUUCAAUGCUCAAACUAAUUACUCGGUUGGUAAUACCCCAUUUUCAGUAUCUGUCGUGGAUGUGAAUAACGAUAAUAAACCUGAUAUUAUCGUUACAAACGUUGGUUCGAACACUAUCAGUGUUCUUCUCAACACAGGCAAUGGCACUUUCAAUGCUCGAGGUAAUUACUCAGUUGGCAGCUACCCGUAUUCAGUAGCUGUCGUCGAUGUGAAUAGCGACAAUAAACCUGAUAUUAUUGUUGCAAACUAUUAUUCGAACAAUGUUGGUAUUCUUCUCAACACAGGCAACGGUACCUUUCAUGCUCAAAAUACGUUUCCAGUUGGUAAUAAUCCGUAUUCAGUAGCUGUCGUCGAUGUGAAUAGCGAUAAUAAACCUGAUGUUAUUGUUUCAUACUAUUUUUCGAACAAUAUCAGUGUUCUUCUCAACACACACAACGGUACCUUUAAUAAUCAAACUAAUUACGCAGUUGGCACUCCUGCAUUUUCAGUAGCUGUCGUCGACGUGAAUAACGACACUAAACCUGAUAUUAUUGGUGCAGACUAUGGUUCGAGCACUGUCAGUGUACUUCUCAACAGAGGUAACGGCACCUUUAAUUCUCAAACAACUUACUCAGCUGCUGGUGGCCCAUGUUCAGUAGUAGUCGUCGAUGUAAACAGCGACAAUAAACCUGAUAUUGUUGUUACAAACUAUGAUUCAAACACCGUCGGUGUUCUUCUCAACGCAGGCAAUGGCACCUUUAAUAAUCAAACUACUUACGCAGUUGGCAGUAGCCCAGUAUCAGUAUCAGUCGCCGAUGUGAAUAGUGACAAUAAAUCUGAUAUUAUUGUUACAAACUAUGCCGAUAACACCGUCAGUGUUCUCUUACAUUGUUAA